ACCUUCCAAACCUCUUCCGCGUAUUUCUAGUUUAUUAACUUCAUUGGUAUAUUGCCUGAGGAUUCAAGAUCUGCCAUAAAGAAAUUUUCGUGGAACUUGAUUUUGGUUUAACUCUGGGUGAUAUUUUUAGAUGAAAAAGUGUUACCUGUUGCAGGUAUUUCUCAGAUAAUGCUUUUAAAUGCUUCCGGUGGUCGCAUCCUGAAAAUGCUCCGCUGUCCAUCAGCCUGCCUUUAUUCUGGUUCAAUUCCUACGAUACAGAAGCAGUCAGCCCAUACCUUGAAAAUGGCAGCAGAUGAUUCUCUCAAUUCAAAAUCAAAGCCAUGGUUACUUGUGGGGUUAGGAAAUCCUGGAAGAAUGUUUAAUGGUACCAGGCACAAUGUUGGUUUUGAGAUGAUUGACACAAUAGCACAAGCAGAAGGAAUUUCAGUGAGCAGGAUUCAGUACAAAGCACUGUUUGGAAAAGGGCAUAUUGAUAACGUACCUGUAAUGUUAGCUAAACCACAGACUUUCAUGAAUGCAAGUGGAGAAUCAGUUGGACAACUUGCUGGAUACUAUAAGAUUCCUAUCAAUCAAGUACUCUUGAUAUUUGAUUGCAUGGAUUUGCCAUUCGCCAAACUGCGACUUUUGCCAAAGGGUGGACAUGGAGGCCACAAUGGCAGGAUGAAGAGUGUAAUUGAUCAUUUCAAAGGAAACCGUGAAUUCCCUCGAUUAAGAAUUGGCAUAGGGAGGCCACCUGGGAAGAUGGAUCCUGCACACUAUGUGCUCCGACCAUUCACUAAACAAGAACGUGAAGAGAUGGACUUUACUUUGCAAGAGGGAUUAGAGGCUAUCAGGAUUUUGGUGACUGAAGGUGUGAACAAGAGUGCUACUAAGGUUAACAGUGCACAGAAAGCUAGGAUUCAAAGUAGCUGAUUAUUAGAGAUUUAGCAACCAGGAUUGAUUUCAUAUAUGUACAUGAUAUUGAUUUUUUUGUUCUGAUUUUAUUUAACAGUUGUGCAUCCUGUUUGAAUUCUUAUUCUUUUUUCUAUUCAUUUACUUUUAGGUAUUGUUUUAUGAUUCCUUAUUUAUAAGAUUGAUUACUUUCAUCGAUGCAGAGUCAUCUACUUAAAUAAUUUUGCACCCAAUAUGGUGAUGCAGUAAACCAGAAUAUCCAUAUCUUGGGGUAGUAAAUAUUUGUAUAAUCUAGCCACAAUGAAUGUUUUUAAGAGCAGUUCUAGCUGUUCAGGAGAA